AUGUCUGCAAUGAAUAAUCUUCCGCCGGAUAUUAUCGAAGCAAUACUCCGGCGCCUGCCGGAGAAAUCCCUCGGCCGGUUCAAAUCCGUAUCAAAACAAUGGUGCUCGCUAAUUUCCGAUCCCCAAUUCAUCAAAACCCAUCUCCAUCAACACAACCACCAUAAAACCAGUAAAUUGAUUCUCGUUUCCGAUACAAAAUGCCUCUACUCAAUCGAUAUCAACGAAAUCGUUCCACAUCUCAAAAAUGACGAAAUACCCGCAACCGGAAAUGAAAUAACUUUCAGGCCACCUUCGAUCAGGUGGGAAGGUAUCUUGGGGUCGUGCAACGGGCUCGUUUUAGCCAUAGACGAAUAUGACAGACUCUAUCUGAUGAAUCCAACGACACGUAAGAUAUCGAAACUUCCCCUUUCCCGUUUUGCACUCCCGAUUAGUGAGAGUUUUGAAAUGUAUGGAUUUGGUUACGAUUCAUCCACCGACGAUUACAAAGUAAUCGCUAUUUCUUUCUGGGACACCGACAACGAGCAUAAUCCUGAUUGCACCGAUAUGUUCAUCAAUGUCUAUACCCUGAGCAACAAUUCAUGGAGGAAAUUGCCUAAUUCUCCUUAUGAUCAUGCUGUGGGCCAUCUCGUUAGUGGGGUUCUCGUCAAUGGGAGCCUUCACUGGUUAACAAGCACACGACCCAAUUACUCAUCAACCAUUAUUGCGUUUAAUUUAGCUAACGAGAAGUUCAAGGAAAUCGAAUUACCUGAUUCGAUUGAUAACUACAAAGCUGUUUUCAACGAGCUUGUUGUUAUUGGUGGGAAGCUGUGUCUUUUUAAUCAACUGGGUAAUGAUUUGUGGGUGAUGGAGGAGUAUGGAGUUGGUAUGUCUUGGACCAAGGUUUCCAUCCAUGGAGUCGAUAUAGAUAAUGUGAAGCCUAUUUGUUCAGUUGAAGACAGCAAUCGGGAUAUUGUUUUGGGUGAUGAAGAUGGAGUUAUUAUAUACAAUGUUGAUGAGAGAGUAUGCAGAAAUGUAAGGAUCCUAAGGGGUCCAACUAGAUUCACCAUUGGAGGUACGUAUGUUGAAAGCCUUGUAUUACCUACACACAUCAGAGAAAUACCAUAA